GCGGUUGUCAGUACUCUGGCGGCGCCCGAUCCACGCGCUCGCUUCACAGCCGUCACCUUAACCAACCUACUGUGAUUUUAGCAAAUCGGGACUUAUAUUCUAGUACUUAAAUACGUUUACUCUUUCUACUGCCACGUGCUUUUAGUUAUAUUAAUACCUAUUCAUACAUAAUAAGUAACGAAGUUGUGUUGUGUGUUCGUUUAGUAAUAUAAUAGUGGCGUGCCUUCCACGACUCUAGCGGAGCUAAAUUCGUGAAAUGACAUUUUAAUUUUAUGCAAUGUUACAGUAAAGCUCGAUAGUAAUGAAAACGUUGUGUCCACUGGGAUUGAUCGACUCGCAGAACGAGUGUUAAACGAUUUAAUUGUACGCCGGGGCAUCGAACAGUUUAUAAACAAUUCAGUUGAUGAUUGUACUCGGUUACCAUGGAUUCCAAAGUGGUAUUGAAAGAGAAGAACCCAAAUGAUAAUGCCAAUGUGUUCUCCAAAAUAUUUUUAACAUGGAGCUUCAGUCUUUUCCGCCGUGGUUAUCGACACGGCUUGACUGUGGAAGACCUGUGGCAGGCGCGCGGCGGGGACCGCUCCGGGCGGCUCGGAGACAGGCUGGAGGAGGCCUGGCACGAUGAACUCCAGACGGCGGACCGCACGGGCUCCAAGCCUUCGCUGUCCAAAGCCAUCGUACGCUCCUUCUGGGUUGAGUACAUGCUCUGCGGCGCCUGCGCUGGCAUACUGUUCGUUGUUAUUUGGCCUCUGAUCCCGUACACACUAGGUUUAUUUAUAGGAUAUUUCUCAGGAGAGAAAACUCCAGAGACGUACAGAAACGCACACAUUUACAAUUUCUGUAUGAACCUACUAAGUAUAUCGACGGCAUUGAUGAUGAACCAUCUGAUGUUGAGCCAGGGAGCCGUCGGCAUGAGGGUUAGAAUAGCAUGCUGCUCGCUACUAUAUCGCAAGAUUCUACGACUGAACCGAGCGGGGUCAAACAAGACUGCACCGGGACAGGUAAUCAACCUGAUGUCCAACGAUGUGAACCGCUUCGAUAUGGUGGCGCUAUUCCUGAACUACGUGUGGGUGAUGCCUAUAGUGGUACCGGUGGUGUCGUACCUGGUGUGGCAGCAUGUCGGCUGGGCAACACUGGCUGCGCUUGCUGUCAUGGUUGUGCAGACUGUCGUUGUUCAAGCAUAUCUGAGCAAGAGGCAAGGGGGUCUGCGCGGAGAGAUCGCUAAGCGUACAGACGAGCGAGUGAAGGUGAUGAGCGAACUGGUGAACGGCGUUCAGGUCAUCAAGAUGUACGCCUGGGAGAAGCCCUUCGAGAAACUCGUGCACAAACUCCGCAAGUUGGAAGUCAAGUACGUAAUGCGGACCUCCAUGAUCAAAGGCUUCUCGACUGCGCUGUCAGUGUUCACUGAGAGGUUCAUUCUGUUCGCCGCCAUCGUCACGUUCGUGUUGAUGGGCGGCCACAUCCGCGCAGAGAUCACAUUCUCCUUGGUGCAGUACUUCAAUCUGCUGCAGCUAGCGUGCAAUAUCUUCUUCCCGUUGGCUUUGGCGAUGCUAUGUGAAUCAAGGGUCUCUAUCAGGCGAAUUGAGAAUUUCCUCAAACUGGAAGAGCUAGACCCAGCGAAAUUAAUAGAAGCUGAAUCAAAAGCAAUGAAUGCUAAAAUAAACAAUGGAGUGGAGAAAGACGGAGAGAAAGAGAGGAAGCAUACUGGAUUGGUGCUAGCGGGAGUGAGUGCGAGCUGGCUGUCCGAUCCAAUUGUGGAUACGCUAAGGAAUAUCUCACUCACUGCACAACCCGGAGAAUUCGUCGGUAUCGUGGGUCUCGUUGGUGCUGGGAAGUCGUCACUUCUUCAAGUCAUCCUGGGCGAGUUGAAGCCGUCUCAAGGCUCGGUGUCGCUGGGUGGCGCCCGCAUCGCCUACGCCAGCCAGGAGCCCUGGCUGUUUGUCGGCACCGUCCGGCAGAACAUCCUCUUUGGGCUGCCUUACGACCGCACUCGUUAUAAGAAAGUGGUGACAGCUUGCGCUUUAGUACGAGACUUCGAGCUUCUACCGGCGGGAGACUCCACGUUGGUAGGGGAGCGAGGCAUCAGCCUCAGCGGCGGCCAGCGCGCGCGCAUUGGCCUGGCCAGGGCUUGCUACAGACAGGCGGACAUAUACCUGCUGGACGACCCGCUGUCGGCCGUGGACACGCACGUUGGCAAGCACCUGGUGAGCGAGUGCGUCAGCGGCCUGCUUCGACACGCCACACGAGUGCUCGUCACUCACCAGCUCCAUCACCUCAAAGCCGCGGACAAAAUCAUCAUUCUUAACAACGGUGAAAUAGAAUCACAAGGUAACUUUGACGAAGUAUCGCGUUCGCCGCUGUUUGAAGAGCUGAUGGAAGAAGAGGAAGCUGAGCAGCCGGUCAGCGAAAAGAACUUCAUGCGACAACGAACAAUAUCUAUACAGUCUCAUGCAAGUACUACCACGAUUCAAGAUGGUACAAACGUAGAUGAACAAGAAGAACCCCAGGAGACUGAAGAGCUUAUGUCAAAAGGACGCGUCUCAAGCUCAGUGUACAAGAACUACUUUCGCGCCGGCGGCGGUUGGUGUUUACUAUUGUUCACCCUGUUUGGCAUAAUUCUGGCGCAAGUCGUCACGUCACUCGGAGACCUGUGGCUCACCUACUGGAUGAAUAAAGUAGAAGCUGGUUACAGGAAGAUGGCCAACACAACCAGUGGAAAUGAAACCAGUGAUUUUAACAGCACCACUGAACCGUUGUUACCAGAUUUUACCACUAUAGCUCCAGAAUUGGAAAACAGUACGACUAUCAAGCCUAAUCACACUAUAAUAGGAAUGCUGGUGAAGACAGCCCUCACAAUGCAAGAUAUAGCGCCACACGAACAUGUAGAUCAUUCAUUCUACAUAUACAUCUGGGCUCUCGGAAUAUUCGGAUGUAUUGUGCUCACUACUGGCAGGUCCAUUUUGUUUCUGUGGGUAUGCAUGAGAAGUUCUAUCCGGAUGCACAACCAGAUGUUCAGCAAUAUUCUCUCAGCGACCAUGCGGUUCUUUGACACCAAUUCCUCGGGUCGUAUCCUCAACCGGUUUUCCAAGGACAUGGGCGUCGUCGACGAAGUGUUACCCCGAAUGUAUUUAGAUUCUAUCCAGGUAACCAUGGUGAUGCUCGGUAUAUUGGUGAUGGUGGCUAUAGUCAGCCCAUACAUGUUACUGACCACCGCCGUAUGUGGGAUCCUCAUGUAUUUCUGGACUACCGUCUACCUCAAUACCGCACAAGCUAUCAAAAGAGUGGAAGGUGUGACGCGCAGCCCGGUGUUUUCUCACGUGUCGGCCACCAUGGCCGGUCUGUCGACGGUGCGAGCUUGCGGAGCGCAGCACCUGCUCCGAGUGCAGUUCGAUGACAAACAGGACGUCCACACAGCUGCAUGGUAUUUGACAAUGGUUACGAAUACUGCCUUCGGAAUCUGGCUAAGUUUGAUUUGUGCGUCGUACAUCAUUGUUGUGGCAUACACGUUCUUGUUUCUAGAUAAUGGUUCGACCCGGUCAGGCAAUGUCGGUUUAGCUUUAAGUCAAGGCUUGAUCUUAGUAAAUAUGGUACAACAUGGUAUUCGCCAAGCAACAGAGGUCGUUUCUCAGAUGACAAGCGUGGAACGCGUGCAACAGUUUACUUCGUUACCGCAAGAGAAAACAGACGGGCCUUUACCACCCGCCGGUUGGCCACAGCGAGCACGACUGGUGUUUAAAGAUCUCUUCCUGAGAUAUGACCUAGAAGCAGAACCGGUCCUCAAAAACUUAAAUAUUGUCAUUGAAAGCGGCUGGAAAGUCGGUAUUGUCGGGCGAACAGGAGCGGGCAAAUCGUCACUAAUAUCAGCACUCUUCAGAUUGGCGCCAAUUGACGGACACGUUUACAUUGAUGAUGUGGACACUGGAAAGAUCGGCCUCAAGGAACUCCGAUCCAAAAUAUCGAUCAUUCCACAAGAACCAGUUUUGUUCUCUGCCAGUUUACGCUACAAUAUGGAUCCAUUCGACAAAUAUACUGAUGCAGACAUCUGGAGAGCACUAGAACAGGUGGAGCUGAAGCAAGUCGCGACGUCCCUGUCAGCGGAGGUGGCGGCUGGUGGAUCCAACUUCAGCGCGGGACAGAGACAGCUGCUGUGCCUCGCGCGAGCGGCGCUAGCGCGUAACAAGUUGAUUGUUCUGGACGAAGCCACGGCGAAUGUUGAUCCCAACACGGAUGCCCUCAUUCAGAAAUCCAUUAGGAAAUACUUCGCGAACUGCACAGUAAUCACUGUGGCUCAUCGAUUGCAUACUGUAGCAGAUGCUGAUCGAGUUGUUGUGAUGGAGGCAGGACAAAUAGUGGAAUGUGGACAUCCACAUGAGUUGUUGCAGAAUAACGAAGGCCACUUCAAUGGCAUGGUGAAACAGUUGGGCCCUGCAGCUGAGCAGAGCUUACGAGACCUCGCUAGCAAAGCGCAUGCGCAACACAUACGCUACGUCGACGCAGACGAUCAGCCAGUACUAUAAACCGAAGACAGUAUAGUAUGUAAUGUCCUGAGAAGCUAUAUUUAGUAGCUACAGCUUAAAUUCGUCCAGUUAUACUAUUGGGCAAGUCUCCCAUGACGGAAUCUUUGAUUUAAAAAUACAUUGUAUUCUGAACGAGACUUUUUAUUAUAUAAUAAGUGUCAGUGUUAGCAACUAGCCAAUUAUGUAAAAUGAGUAAUUACCAUUUCAUAUUACAAUUAAACUAGUGAAGGAAACAAAGACAAUGUAUCCACUUUAGUUUUAAUUAGAUUGAAUGAAUUGCAUUAUGAAUGACAAGUGCUUUAAUAAGGACCAAAUACUGUAGUCACAAAUAUGUUCUCAAUGACUGGAUAAAUUAUUUUCCCACACAGGUCUUAUUCAACUUAUUACAACAAUGCCUAUUUGUACUUACUUUUUAUUGAAUGAACCUUUAUGUACUUAUGAUAGAAAUGCAUUUUAUUAUGUUUAUUAAUAAGCAUUCCAAGUUAUACAAUGGAAAUGCAGAAAGGUAACGAAAAAUAUGUACAAUAAAAUACAAGACUUAAAUCUGUAAAAGUGAUGCCUUAUAUACUUAAUUUGAGAUUGUAAUUGUUACAAUAAUAUUAUACAUGUGUAUUGUAUUUAAGUAAAAGAAAUACAUUAAUAUUUAUUGACUGUGUAA